AUGAGUUGCUUGUUUAAAGCUGAUUUGGAUAUUGGUUUAACGAUAAAUGAAUACGUGGGGCAGUUGUUGAAUGGCGUCAAUCAAAAUGACGCCAUUAGUAGUCUUCUGGAUGAUCUAACACUAUCACAAAUUGACGGAGUGAUGGAAAAUAUCAACGCAUCCCAUGUUAAUUACUUAACGCAUUUAAGAUCUUUACCAUUAGAGCAUCAUAAAGUUGUUUGGAUCACCACUCUAUCCACCAUAACAUGUGAAUCGAACAAAAUCUUGAAAUUCAUCACCAAUUAUGGCGAAAAAUAUCCGGAAAGAGAUCUUUCAUCGAUUACAUUACAAUUGUGUCAAACAUUUUUAAUACGAGAGGAGAUUCAACUAGGUUUCUUGAAACAACUGAAUACCAUUAUUCUUGAUCUCGUGGAUCUUUUCAAUGGGUCGGGAAAGUUGUUUGAUCAAUUCAUCAAUUUCAUAAAUGCUGCACUCAAAUGUACUCAAAAUAGUCUUCCUGUUGAUAAUGGAUUACUUGAUAAUUCUGCUUCUAUGUUAAGGAAGAUAACUAAUUUAAUCAAAAAAUUAUAUCUUUCCCUCAAUGGACGGAAAACGAUGCUAUCCUCAUUAUUCACAACAAUUGUUAAUCUUUUGGAGUGUAUGUACGAAUGUGAUCAAUCACAUUUGGUUCUAGAAUUAAUAGAUGAUAUUCUAUAUCCUGAAUUACCUUUAAGGUUAUCAAAAGAUUCCAAGAUUGGUCUUAAUUUUGUGUUGGAUUAUUACAUUUAUAUAUCAUUCAACUUGUUUUCAUUAUCCUUUAAUGACGCCAGUAUCGAUAAUGAAAUGGCUAAAAAGGCGGAUUUGUAUUUCAAGAUAUUCUUGAACUUCCCACCUUCUUCAUAUUACCUUUAUGUAACUUUCCGGAAAUCACCAAGAGAUAGGGUCGUAUAUCAAGUGAUUUUACCCGAAGAUUCUGACGAAAAGAGAAAAGCGUUCAAAAGAAUUGAAGUAUCAGUUUUAUUCGUACUAAAUAAGAUUUUGAUGGCUAGAGACCUAGACGACGUGAUAUCCUUUAGUUCAAUGGUGAAUUCUGAAUUAGAAACUUGCCAUAGGAUAUUAUCUGGAGUUAUCACAUUGUUCUUGAAUGUGGAGCUUGAACGUCCCGAUAGUGCUAGUUCAAUCAGCACUGUGGUUGACCAAGAAAGAGCUGAACCUUCAUUGUUACGUCUGAAUACAAGAUCAAUUGGUUCGAUUAUUCACAAUGGGUCAUAUAAAGAAAGAUUAUUUGCUGUAAUCAAAUUGAUGGAACAAUUGAUGAACCUUGAUAUUACCAAGUUUGGUAAAUGCUUUUCAUUAGACCUGGAUUUCAAUUCCGAUUUCAAACAUCUUCACAAAACUAUUGAAAAUUCCCCUGGAAGAGUAAAAUAUUUCAAACUCGUGAAUUUAGUCUCCAAGUAUUUGAAACUUUUAAGUCUAAAAUUCUUAGUUAAAUCUGUUGGUUCGAACGAAUUUUCAUUAUCCAAAUUGAAAGACUUCUUGGACAAUCCUGCAUCAGUUCAAGAAAUACUUGAAAUCAAACCCUUAUUGAAUUAUGAAGUUUCAAUGAAGAAUAAUGAAGAAUUUUAUAAAUUCUCCAUAAAUGAGAUGUCUUUGGGGACACAACAAGAUAUGGUAAAUCAUCAAUUAGAAUUGGCCAAACAAAUCAAUGGUUUGGAAAGUAUUCUCGAAGGUAACGUUUAUGAAAUGACUAAGAAAUAA